AUGAGGGGGAAGCAGACCAACUGGAUGUUCAGAAGCAGCAGCCAAUGCGGCUUUGAUGGGACUCCUGCAUACGGUACCGUAGGCUGUGAACACUAUAUGCCAAUCCUUCUCGGUAAAAGUAAUGACCUCAAGUUAGUUCUGAGUAAUGACUUCAAAUUGCCCGAAGAAAAUUUGCAGCCGACCCCUUUCGUUCCCACCCCUCGAUACUACUCGAGCCACAGUUCGGACCAGUAUCUGGUCAGGGUCAUCGAGUCGGAGAUCAAGUGCGCUGAGGAGACCGAGGAUCUCGACAAGGUUGAGGAGAUUCCAUCAUCCUUCCCUUUUAAAAUUGAAGAUACUCCCGGAAUCCAGACGGUGACGUUGAAAAGAACAUAUCAAGGUGAAGACAUACAGGUUGAAGUUCACAUGCCUGAUCUAGUCCCAGGUGAAGACGACAACGAUGAUAACCAAAAUGAUGACAAUGAUGAACACGCCAACCAAUCCAGCAUCUCGUUGGUCAUAACUGUCUCCAAGGGUAACAGACCAGUUCUCGAGUUUAGCGUCACUGCUUACCUUGAUGAGUCUCACAUUGACAGCUUGGCAGUGAAAAAUCCCGAAGAUUCCGAGGAUCAAAUUGCCUACGAGGGGCCUCAUUUCCAUGAUUUGGACGAGAACCUUCAGAAGGCAUUCCACAAGUAUUUGGAGGUGGUGGAACAAGAAGUAAGUAGUGGUGAGAACUACAACAAUGGCGUUAGUGUGAAAAACCCAAACUGCCCUUCUCUGUUUCCCAUGCUCCUGAUGGAACAAGAUCUGUUCUGGGAGGAUGAUGAGCUUGUUUCUCUCUUUUCCAAGGAGGAGCAGCAACAGACGCAUUUCGUCAAAAAAAAUAAAAAUAAAAAAUAAAAAAUAAAAAAUAUGG